UGAUGAAGACAGCAUAAUUUGAGAUGACGAGUUUCUUCAAACCACGAUGAGGGCAAAUUUAAUGAAUGUUCAAGCAAAGGUAGAAGUAGCUGAAACUAGCAGCGCAAAAUGCCCAUCUGACUGACAGAAACUCACCAGCUGGUGGACCGAAAUGAACCAUUUGAUUCCAGAUUCAAAGGGUCUUGACCCGGCCGUGCUGAAAGAGCAACUCUUCAAACUGUGGCGCAGCAACGACCUGCAGUCGCUCCAUUUGGCAGCUCAGGAGGGAUUUUCAGAGCUGAAUGAUCCCCUGGAGGCCUUUCUAACAAUCCUAGAGUGCGCGCCGUCCAAACAGAAGGCUCGGGCCCACACCUUGGGGGUCCACAUAGUCAAGGAAUUCCAAAGCUGGCUAAAAGAACAUCCGCAGGUUACUUUGACCUCACUUCCAGAGCAACAAGCAACAGCCCUCAAGCAUCGAGCUCUUGCCCUUCUUACUGACAACCAGACCAGCUUUGUUGAAGCUCUCAUCAAUAUCUACCAGCUGACCACUCUGGAUGCAGCUACCUUGCGGCUACACGUCGUGAAACUGCUGCCUCUCAAAUGCUACAAAGAGACAGCAGUGCUUGGUAUCAAGCUGAAUUUGCAGAAUGAACUAAAUCUGGAGGAGGUAUGCGUGCCACUCAUCUUUCAGGACAAGUUGUCCUUAGCAGAGGCCUUUGUUACCGGUCACGUUCAUUUAGAACAGCAGCUGGUCUCUCUGCUUGACUCGUGGUGCCAUCCCAACUUCUCAGUGCAAGACAUGAUCAGCAAGAAGUUUCCUCACCUCUCCUUAUCCAAACGUUGCCUUGCUCAGACCCAGCCCAAAAUGCUGACAAAGCACGUUUUUCGACUUGCGGAAAAAUUUAAAAUUGAUCAAGGGCAGUUUCCUAAUGCCCUGCACAAGAGGAGACAGGAUACACUUCGCUUCCUCAUGUUCAAGAGAUUUGUAAAUAAAAGCAUGACAGACGAGAAUUGGAGUGACCACGUGCAGACAGUAGUGGCAGAUGACCGUGAGCUCCAGAUCCAGUUGGUGGAGAUGUUGCUGAAGUACUGCGACCCUGAAAAAGCCGCUCGGUGGUCGCUGAGAUAUAACCUUCCCAGGCACAGACUCCCCUUUGUGGUUUGGAACACCCAACUGAGUUUAUCACCCGAGCAACAACAUGCAACCAACGCCACUCACAGCGAGGAGUGGACGCCGUCUGAAGCUCAUUGCCAGAAGUUCUAUCAGCCCCCGCUCUCCAAAGAGAAGGUUCAGUACGUGGAUACCCUGGAAGCCCUUCAAAGUUGUCGUGACGCUCUCCUCAAGAAGGGGAGUGUAGUAGGAGUAGAUAUGGAGUGGCAGCCCAAUUUUGGCUGCAGCUCAGCCCAGCAAGUUGCCCUGAUCCAGCUCGCUACUUUUGACACCGUGUUUUUAUUGGACCUCUGUGCAAAUGGAUUUUGUCAGCAUCCAGAGACCACUGCAUUCAUUAGAAGUUUUUUCUCUGAACAAAAUUUGCUGAAACUGGGUUAUGGCAUGACCGGAGAUCUCAAGUGUCUCAAGUCCACUUGGCCUCAAUUUGUAGAGGAGCCAUUGAAAACAGAGGGGCUGCUUGAUCUUCUCAACGUACACCGAAAGAUCCAGUGUGGCAAGGUGAACAGCGCUCAGUGUGGCCCUAAGGAGGUGCUGGUGGGAGAGGACUCUGCUGAGAAAGGCCUCAGUCUGCUCGUGCAACAGGUCCUGGGAAAGGCCCUCGACAAGACCGAGCAAAUGUCCGACUGGAAAAAGCGGCCGCUGCGCGUCAGCCAAAUCAGAUAUGCGGUGACGGAUGCCUACUGCUUGUUGGAUGUGUAUUCUGUGCUCUCUGGUAACCCGGCCAACUUUGGGCUUCCGAGCGAUUUGCGCUCGCUCACACAAACAGAGAAGAACGGAGAUGCGAAGCAGAAGGAUAAAAAAAACAAGAAGAUAAAUCCCACCAGCAGCAAAGAGGAAUGUCAGGGGGCUCAGUGGGUCAGUCCCCCUUGCUCUGAUACUGAGAAAGGCCUCCUGUGUGGCAAGGAGCCCACUGAAGACUCCCCUCCAGCUCCGCUGGCCCCCCAGCAGCUGAGGGUGGUGUGUGACAACAUGCUGCAAGGCCUUGGGAGGUACUUGCGCUGUUUGGGAGUCGACGUGGUCAUUUUGGAGAAUGAUGAUGACCACAGAGUCGCGGCAAAGUUGGCACAAGCCGAAUACCGUGUUAUUCUCACAUGCGGUCAACCAUACCAGACUUUGCGCUCUCAGGUGGGCGAGGGCCGCUGUCUCUCCCUGGACUGCUCGGAAAAGGCCAGAGACCAAGCUAUGCGAGUGCUUCGACACUUCAACGUCCGGCCAACUCCUUGCGAUAUAUUCAGUCGCUGCCAGGCGUGUAACAGUGAUCAGUAUGUGGCACUGACCAGACAAGACAUGAUCAGGAUGCUUAAACAGAAAGGAUUUCUGCAGGCGACCUACUCGUCACCGACGCCACCAGUGGAGGAGCCGCUUUAUCUUGAACUCCCCAGGUAUGGUCCUCAAUGUAAAUGGGCCUCCCUGUCAGAUCUGAACCCAGUGACUCUGAGCUUUCCCGGGGGGGCGCCCAUACAGCUGCACACAGUCCCGCCAACCUUGGUGCCCAGGGUACCACACUACUUUGUCUGUACCCGGUGUGGAAAGGUGUUCUGGGAGGGCUCUCACUUUGGACGCGUUCUCUCCAUGUUUAAGGGGGUCAUGCACAUCACAGAUGAAGAUGUACAAUAAUUUAAAUAACUAAAUGUAAAAAUACAACUAAAAAAAAAAACACCUGACAUUAUGGUAUGGGUGAUACUGAUAGGAAG